GAAUUACUGUUAAAAAGAAAAAGGCAAAGGAAUCAGGAUAUACUGGCCUUUCAAUUCUUCACAGACUAAAUAAGCUAUAUGGCUUUGAAUAUGACAAAGAUUUAGUGUAUGAUGAGUUGCAUGCAUUUCCUCUUAAUGUUGUCAAAAACCAACUUCUAAUGUUUAAAGAAGAUGAAAAUGAUGCAAUCAAUUGGAAAGAAGUGGAUAAGCGAUUGAAGAAUUUUCCCUGGACUAAUGAGUUCAAUGCUUCACGAAAGCCAAAAGGAAUAGUUAACAGAAUGGGAUAUUGGAAAGCUGAAGAGUACUACAAGUUUGUAUUUCCUGCAUCAGAAGUUGUUUUCCAUGGUCUCUUGUCAGAUGUGCAAAAGGAAAUUUGGUUAUGCUUGACUCGUAUGGCUGAGUUUCUUCACAAUCAUGCUCGUAAUGGAUGGCUAGAGGAAGAUGCAAUUACAUUUCACAAUAUGGCUCUCCGAUAUUCAGUCCUUGUUGAAGAAAAGUAUGGUCCAACAAUCUGUCAUGUUUGCCUUCAUAACCUUCUUCAUCACGUCGAAAUUUGA